AAUAAAGAAAAAGAAAUGUACUUCUACUUUGUAUUUAUAAAGUAGUAGCCGUUAGCGCCUGCUCUUAUUCAAAUUCAGACACAUUCUUUUUUCUUUUUCUUCUCUUCCUUUCCUUUUCUCCUCGUCUUUCCCAUUUUGUCUAUAUUUUCUUUGGUGAAAAUCCCAAAUCUCUAAGAAUGGCGGCGGCUCAGUUUCAUCUCAGCGGACGCAAAGCUCUCCAGCCAAAGAAUAAUACAGCCACCCCCAUUGACAAUGUAGUAGUGAAGCAGAUAAAGUUAAAGUCCAAACAAGAAUGGAGGGACGAUUCCAACAAGGAGAACCUGAACCAUCAUCCCAUCAUUAUGAACCCUAACGCUACUACACCCCCGAAGAAGAAGAUGGAGGGAGCGUUGGAUUUAGAUUCGUCAUUGGCGGAGGAACUCAGUGCCAUCAGGAAGAAGCUGGAGCGGCUGAGGUUGAGUAAGGAGAAGACGGAAAAGAUAUUGAAAGACAGGGAUGCAAUGCUGCAUUUGCAAAUGAAGGAGAUGGAGGAAAGGGGGCGGAUUCAGAAGCAGCUUGAAAUCGAGGUUGAUAGGCUAUUCAGAUUAAAGGAGCUCAAAUCUUAUUGCCUCAGGAUAUCUCCAAUAAAAUCACUGAGGGAGAGACAACAGGGUAGGAAGCUUAAUGAAGUGCAAUCGCUGGAAAUAAAAGGUGCAGAUUGGGAGGAGGAAUCCAUGGAUGAAAACACAUUGCAGAGUCCAACGCCAUCAGAUUCUUCUGAAUUUGUUGGAGAGAACAAUGAUUAAUCAUGUCUGUCCAAGUCCAAGUCCAAACCCUAACCUUCCCCGCCGUAUAUAUAUAAUUAUGGAUGGAAGAGAGCAAUGAACGGCGGAUCUUCGGUCUUCUUUUGUCAUUUUCAAAGGAAAUGCUAUAAUAUAAUAUAUAUCUGAUUGUAGUAAGUAACUGAUCAUGUUGAAAAUUCAAAUUCAGACAGGCUCUCUUUCACUAAAAUCAUCUUCUUUUUAAUCCUUGCUUUGGUAGGGCGCCACAGCCUUCCCUGAUAGAACACUGUUAUCAUCAUCGAUAUUCUCAUGCAUACUCUUCAUUACCGCCUAGCCAAAUAUGAACAUCUAUCAAACAAAUUGUCCGAAGCUCAAACAUUUUUUUUCUUUAUCCAAAUCUCCUGUUCUAACUUUGAAAUGGACGUACCAGG